AUGCAAACGUUACGCGAUAAAGUAUAUGUACCAAUUUACGCUGCUAAAAGUAGAGGUGCACCAACAGUUAAAAUAACCAUAAUCGGUGCUGGGCCGAUCGGUAUGGCAACUGCAUUUAGUCUCCUUAAUAAAGGUAUUCCAACAGAACUGGUUAUUGUAGACUUAAAUAUUGAGCAUGUUGAAGCUGAAAUCAGUGACUUGCAAAAUGCUAGGCAGUUCCUUCCAAACGUUUCCAUUUAUGGGGGUUCAAGUAAAAAUUAA